CCAUGGUCUAGUUGACUGGCUAGGGCUGGGUGCUAGGUUGGACUGGAUGAUAUUGGAGGUCUCUUCCAACCUGGUUAUGAUUCUAUGAUUCUAUUUACGUGGUGCAGACUGGAGCAGCAUCAUCUUGUUCACAUGUUGAUUUGUUGACACACAUUUGUUUUUACUCCUAAGUUCUUAGUCACUGUCAUCGACUCCCUUUGACCACCCUUCACUGUCACCUAUAAAGACAUUUGGUUGUGGGCUCUUAAAACAACGUGUGGAUGGAUGGAUUAAAGGGUUGCUUAUUUUGGUUAAACACCAGGCAGUUAAACUGCAUUCAAUAAUGCAAAGUAAGUAAAAUGUUCAGUUAUUAAGUUUGGCUGCAUUCUAACAUAAACAGUAUCUGUCCUCCAAAGUUACCUUUUCAGAGACUGGGAUCGUAAGGCACAAGAUAUCCCCAACUAUCAUUUUCUCUUUUAUCUAGGAUCCUUAGCUGGAAAUAAAUCUCUUUAAUUAAACCACAGAUUUGCCAUUUUUUAUGAGGGAAAACAGUAAACUACUGUCCUUUGCCUUGCAACAUGCAGUGGUGUCCCAGCUCUGAACGACACAUAAAAGCAUUCUUCUUUGAGUGGGUUAUAAAAGAGUUAUAAAUGUCGGAGUUGCUGAUAGCAGUUGGGGGUGUAGGGGGGGUGUUUUCCUGAUUUCUAAGAGUUUAGCCUUUUUUGUCCUCUGGAUGGACUAUGUCUGCACUUCUAUAGAAUUCAGUGUAGUGUUUAAGUUCCAAACCAACUUAGAGCCAACUAAUCAGGAACUGUUAGCUCCUGUAGGUUUGCAGAUGGCACCAAGCUGUGUGGCACAGUGAACUUGCUAGAGGGCAGGAAUACAUCCAGAGGGACCUGGACAGGCUGGAGAGGUGGGCCCAGGCUGACCUCAUGACAUUCAACAAGGCCAAAUGUAAGGUCCUGUACCUCAGUCAGCGCAAUCCCAAACACAGCUCCAGGCUGGAUGGGGAAUGGCUGAGAGCAGCCCUGAGGAACAGGACCUGAGGGUCUGAAGAAAAGCUCAACAUGAACCAGCAGUGUGAGUGCAGCCCAGACAGCAACUGUGUGCUGGGCUGCAGCAAGAGCAGUGUGGCCAGCAGGGCAAGGGAGGGGAUUCUGCCCCCUUGCUCUGCUCCCCUGAGACCCCACCUGGAGUCCUUUGUGCAGUUCUGGAGCCCCCAACACAAGGACAUGGAAUUUUUGGAGCAAGUUGAGAGGAGGCCACAAAGAUGCUAAGAGGGCUGCAGCAGCUCUACUAUGAGGACAGGCUGAGAGAAUUGAAGCUCUGUAGCCAGAAGGAGGGGAGAGAGAAGAGAAGAGAAGAGAAGAGAAGAGAAGAGAAGAGAAGAGAAGAGAAGAGAAGAGAAGAGAAGAGAAGAGAAGAGAAGAGAAGAGAAGAGAAGAGAAGAGAAGAGAAGAGAAGAGAAGAGAAGAGAAGAGAAGAGAAGAGAAGAGAAGAGAAGAGAAGAGAAGAGAAGAGAAGAGAAGAGAAGAGAAGAGAAGAGAAGAGAAGAGAAGAGAAGAGAAGAGAAGAGAAGAGAAGAGAAGAGAAGAGAAGAGAAGAGAAGAGAAGAGAAGAGAGAAGGCUUCAAGGAGACCUUGCAGUGGCCUUACAGCAUCUGAAAGGAGCCCGCACAGUGCCUCCCAAAUUGAAGGAGAUGAAAAACCAAGAGGCUGCUGUGGGUCAGAAGCUAGUGCUAAGGUGUGAAACCACUUCAGAGUACCCCGCACUCAGAUUCAAGUGGUUAAAGAAUGGAAAGGAAAUAACAAAAAAAAACAGACCGGAAAAUGUCAAGAUCCCCAAAAAACAGAAGAAAUACUCUGAGCUUCACAUUUACAGAGCCACGUUGGCUGAUGCUGGGGAAUAUGCAUGCAGAGUGAGCAGCAAACUAGGGAAUGACAGUACUAAAGCCAGCGUUAUCAUCACAGACACCAAUGAGAGCACCAGCAAGAUACAAGUAUCAACAGAAGGGACAAAAACUUCUUCACCCACUUCCACCUCUACAACUGGAACAAGUCACCUCACGAAAUGUGACAUAAAGCAGAAAGCCUUCUGUGUAAAUGGGGGAGAGUGUUACAUGGUUAAAGACCUCCCAAACCCACCACGAUACCUGUGCAGGUGCCCAAAUGAGUUUACUGGUGAUCGCUGCCAAAACUACGUAAUGGCCAGCUUCUACAAGCAUCUUGGGAUUGAAUUUAUGGAAGCUGAGGAACUGUACCAGAAACGGGUGCUGACCAUAACUGGCAUUUGCAUUGCUCUUCUAGUAGUUGGCAUCAUGUGUGUGGUGGCCUACUGCAAAACCAAGAAGCAGAGGAAGAAGUUGCACGACCGCCUUCGGCAGAGCCUGCGCUCGGAGAGGAACAACGUGAUGAACUUGGCCAAUGGGCCCCACCACCCCAACCCUCCACCUGAUAACGUCCAGCUGGUGAAUCAGUACGUUUCAAAAAACAUAAUCUCCAGUGAACAUGUCAUUGAGCGAGAAACAGAGACCUCAUUUUCUACAAGCCACUACACCUCAACAACACAUCACUCUGUGACUGUCACCCAGACGCCCAGCCACAGCUGGAGUAACGGCCACUCUGAAAGCAUCCUCUCUGAAAGCCACUCAGUCCUGGUCAGCUCCUCCAUGGAGAACAGCAGGCACACCAGCCCAGCGGGGCCCCGGGGCCGCCUCAAUGGCAUCGGUGGGCCAAGGGAAGGCAGCAACUUCCUGCGGCAUGCGAGAGAGACCCCUGACUCCUACCGAGACUCUCCUCAUAGCGAAAGGUAUGUCUCUGCUAUGACCACACCAGCUCGCAUGUCACCUGUGGAUUUCCACACUCCGACUUCUCCCAAAUCCCGCCCUUCCAAAAUAUCGCCGCCGGCUUCCAGCUUGGCUGUCUCCGUCCCGUCAGUGGCAGUGAGCCCCUUCAUCGAAGAGGAGCGACCGCUGCUGCUGGCCACCCCGCCGAUGCUCCACGAGAAGUACAACCACCACCUCCAGCAGUUCAACUCCUUCCACCACAAUGCCGCUCACGAGAGCAGCAGCCUGCCUCCCAGCCCUCUGCGGAUAGUGGAGGACGAGGAGUACGAGACCACGCAGGAGUAUGAACCAGCACAGGAGCCCCCAAAGAAACUCACCAACAGCCGGAGGGUCAAAAGAACGAAGCCCAACGGCCACAUUUCCAGCAGGGUGGAGGUGGACUGCGACACGAGCUCCGAGAGCAGCAGCUCUGAGACCGAAACCGAAGAUGAGAGAAUAGGUGAGGAGACACCGUUCCUAAGCAUACCGAAUCCCACGGCGACCAGCCUGGAGCCAGCCGCUGCCUACCGGCUGGCCGAGAGCAGGACUAGCCCGGCGAAUCGCUUCUCCGCGCCGGAAGAAUUGCAAGCAAGGUUGUCCAGUGUGAUAGCUAACCAAGACCCUAUUGCUGUAUAAAACACAAAAAAAACCCCCAACAACAACAAACCAUUAAAAAAAAAAAACUCCCACCCCAACAACAAAACAAAACAACAACAAAACGACAACAAAACAGAAUGACAACAAAAUUAAACAACAACAAAAUGAAACAACAGCAAAACAAAAUGAAACAACAAAACAACAAAACGAAACAACAAAACAACCACAAAAUUAAACAACCACAAAAUGAAACAACAACAAAAGGAAACAACCACAAAAGGAAACAACCACAAAACGAAACAACCGCAAAACGAAACAACCGCAAAACGAAACAACCGCAAAAUGAAACAACCACAAAACAAAACAACCACAAAACAAAACAACCACAAAACAGAACAACCACAAAACAGAACAACCACAAAACAAAACACAUAGAUUUCACAUGUAUAACAUUAUUUUAUAUAACAAAGUAUUCCACCUUUAAAUUAAACCAUUUAUUUUAUUCUAGCAAUUGCGACAAUAGUUAAAAACAAGAGAGGGGAAGAAAAGCGAAACAAAAGCAAAACAAUGACAAAAACAACUCCACACACACACACACAUACACAAAAACCCAAAAAAACCCCAAAUGAACAAACGAAACAAAACAAAAACCCCACAGCUUUUAUAAAUUAAAGAUACCUGUGUACAAAUGUGUUAUGUGCCAUAUGUAGCAAAUUUUUUACAGUAUUUCAAAUAUGGGGAAAGAUAUCAAUGGUGCCUUUAUGUUACGUUACGUUGAGAGCAAGUUGUGUACAGUUACAAUGAUGCCUGACCCCAUAGUAUUUUGCAAAACCUUCUAGCCCUUGGUUGUCCUGGGUUGGUUUUUUUCUUCUUUUGGAGGGGGUGUGUGGAGUGUUUGUUUGUUCGUUUAGGAAGGGGUUUAGUUUGUUUGUUUGGGGUUGUUUUGGUUUGGGGGAGAGGAUUUUUGUUUCUUUCUUUGUGCAUUGCAUUAUAAUGACUGGAUGUAUGAUUUGCAAGAAUUGCAGAAGUUCCUCUGGUCACUUGUUGUAGAAUCCCCAGAUCAAAAUGCCCUGUUAUGGCACUCCCAUCCCCACCAGAAAAACACACACAAAGAAAAAAAAGGGGGAAAACAACCACAACAUCAACAGAAAAAGGCAGGAAAAUAACACAUGCACACACACACACACACACACACAAAAUCCUAACCACACAACAGCAAAACAAACAACAAAAUAUAUUCUUCUACAAGAAGUUUUAUUUGCUUUCGGUAUGUGAAAUGAGUUUUGUCUGCUCUCUGCCAGCCAACAGGUUUGCUUCUUUGAGCACUGGGAUAAUAGUAGAUCCAAGAGCAUGCUACUAUUAAUUACAGCAGGAUAACAAACAAACAAAUGAAACAACAACAGCAGCAACAACAACACAAAAAAAAAAAAAAAGCCAAUCUGCAUUAAAAUAAUGUUAUAGAGAGAAAGUAGCCUUGUGAUUUUUAAAACCAAAUAUGCUAUUAAUCAGAGGUCAGCUUGUAAUCACUAGGAGCUGCCAUUUCAUUAUUUUCCAGAUAUUAAUUGUUCUAGUUAUCUGUUAGAAAAUGGAUUUAGGUUAGCUGAGGCUUUGAACCCAAUAUCGAAAUGGAGAAAAAAAAAGAAAAAAAAAAAAAAAGGGAAAAAAAAAGGAGAAAAAAAAGAUUAAAAAAAAAAAAAAGGAAAAAAUUAAAAAUAGCCCAAAAAAAUUAAAAAUAAAUAUAUAUUAAAGUUAAUGGGGCAAAUAUAAUAGCAGAUAUCUGUAACCAAGCAAGGAAGAGAUCUGGCUGGAAAACAAAUGCCACUAAUAAAAGUGCAAUCAGUUUUCACCUCUUAUUUUUUAAUGUUGAUUUCUAAUAGAUUAUUUAUCCUUUUGUUUCCUCUCAGUUUUCUCCCCUUUCUUCUCCUCAGAAAGAGCCCUCAUGGGCUUCUAGCAGUACCUUGUUAGAGUUGCUGUUGGAGUAAGGGUUAGUUUUAGACACAGAAAUGACUUUCAGGGAAGAGGUGAUAGGAUACUGGCGAGUAGGAAGGACGUAGUAGAAGUAUGGAGUUUGUUUCUACUUGCCUUUGUUGGUUGCAUUGUAAGAGGUGAGAAAGGCAAGUCUGGUGCAAAGCCCAUUUAUGAAGGCAAUCAUACCAUGUGGGUUACAUUCAUGAUGUGCAUGGCUAUUUGAUACCAGUGUUUAUAUAGCCAACAAUGGCCUUAAAUUAAGCCUUUGACUAGUAAUGGACAGGGAUGCUGUCAGUGCUGGAGCAAUUGCAUCCGUUCAGACAGAAGCAAAUGGCCUCUUUUGCACUAAAUUCCCAUCAGUUUAGUCAGGGUCACUGCGUCUCCUUUUGAUUUUUGUUGUGUGUUCAGUUGGCACAGCGUAGACUCAGGAUUGAUGUGGAAAACAAAUGUUUCUCCAAGCUCCAGGGAUUCUGAAAAUGAGAGCAUAUGUUUUACAGGUAUUACUGGACUCUCAAUAAGAGCCAUGUCAAGAGUGAAAAAAGGAUUUCAGCCAAACUACACUCAUCCUUUGGGCCACAUCCUGGUCCCAGUUAAAUGAAGAGAAAUAAGUCAGGGGAAUUGUGUGAUAUGUAAACCCGUGGAACGAAAGCCCUGACUCAGUAAAUUGUUCAAGCAUAUGCUUGUGCUAAUCCCAGCAAAAGCUACCCGCAGCGUGUGUGAGGCUCCCACUGACACACCCAGCGCAUGCAUGAAGUUGAGCACGCACUUAAGAGUCUUCUUGAACGAGGCAUCCUCUGGAUUUGACACCCAAAAGCAAAGCCUAGUGAACGAAGCUGUUUGUCAAGCAAGGGUGAUGAAAAGCAGUGAGUUGCUCGCUGUAUAUAAAUCAGCCACCUCGCAGCAGUAGGAAGAUGGGUGAAGCCUACCUGACCACUAGGUUCAGCAGAGAAAGAACAAGAAGACCUUAGCACAGGAAGGAGAUGGUGAUGAAGUUGCCUACCAGGAUCUUGGUAGGAGAAGCAAAAGGAGAGGAAACUAGCACAGGGAUAUUUUUAGCUCCACGGUGGCUGAAAUGGCACUGGUUAUUUCAGAGGUCUAUGGGAGGUGGCAGAGUUUGUCACAAUACAUUCUGUCUGGACUUCAGUCCACCUUGCCAUUUUUUUUUUCCCCCAGCUAGCAUGUACCUGAACACACUUUGCCUUUGCAGACCAAAACAAAAAAAAAAAGCUAUCUACAAAUCUUAGGUAAUAUACACUCAUUUUCCAUCCCUUUAGUCAUGCCUAUUUAUCUGCAAUGCCGUGCAGCAGAACACUCACCUCCCGAGGAACUCUGCAGCUCAGCAGUACAGAAGGACAGGUGGGCUUGCCUCAUGCAGGCCACUCAUUUUUGCACUGCAGAGUUUCCAGAGGCACUUGGGAAAAAAAAAAAUCUAUCAGUGAAGUCUCAAUACUGUAAAUAUCUUAAAUAGUAGAUAAGACAGAAAAAGGAUGGCAAAGGAGCAAGAGGCUUGCCCCAGAAUCACCCAUCUUAGUGGCAGUGUAGAGAUUGUGACACAAAUCUCCUCCAGUAUGGGCCUCCCAGAAGGCUAAUUUUCAUUGAAGUGUCUGUGAUAACCCAGACAGAUUAUCAGGAAGCAAAGGGAACUUGCCUUGAAGGGGAGUAAAUUAUUUAGCUAGCAACACUGUUCUUAUAGAAGGCCAGUAUAAACCUAAGGAGCAAUUGCAACCUGGGGAGCUGUACAUGUGAGGUUUACUUGGUGUAGGUCUAAGGGGGAAAUACCACACCUCUGCUGUUGCCAUGCCUCAAAAGCCAGACUGGUGUGCAGUCCCUGCUUCUCCUCCCCUCAGUGCAUAUAGUAGUGUGUUACAGGAUCAGCAUGAAAUUAGGGCUGGAGUCUUCACAUGGACCUAAGAACAAGAAAAUACAAUUGGGGAUAUGGCUGCCUAAGCCCUUAGGUCUUCGGGGAGAACCCAGCCUUACAGCACAAUUCAUGCAGCAGCAAGUUAGGGGAAUUGCCCUGGCUUGGCACUCACAGAAGUGGGAGCUGGACACAGACCUUCAGCUCCAGACUUGCUCUUGGGUGCACUGUGAGGGUGGUCUGUGUUAGUAAAGUCUGCAUCCCAAAGUUAGGCAAUCUACGUGGCCACAGGUUCUGCUGGCAGGCUCCUGCUGGCCAAGGAACUGAGAACUGCAGCAACACAGAGCAGAGCCAGCAAGUGCCUACAGGAAAGGCCAGCUCCCCUACUGGGGAUAUUUGCUUUGUUAUCUAGAUGCCCGAGCUAGGCAGUACCAACAUCCUUGAGCCAUUGCUGUCAUGGCAAAGACAAAUGUACUUUGAAGAGGAGGGAAGUAUUCCAGUGAUGGCAGAGUUGUCCUGGUGUCUUUCCACGACAUAUUACUUGAGCCAAGAGCUUUCCUCGUGCAUGUGUUCAUAUGCAGGAAUUAUUCCAGAAUAAAAGGCUUCCUUCAGGGGGGGCAUACCUGGAAUAUGCUGUGCACAACCUGGCACAGUCUGCCUGUUGUGAAAACCAUCACAAUUCUGCAGAGGUUGGUGUGUAACAGAGGUAAACCUACUCCCUCCUCUUGGCCCAGUCACUCUGUCCUCACUUGAGCCACCUCAGUAACCCCAGGUUUAAGAGAUCAAUCACUGCCUUUAAUCAGGGAAAUAGGAAAGCUCCUUCUCUUUCCAGAUCUCCAAAACAACAAACAACAACGCUGCAUCUCCCUGCUCCCCUCAGACACAUUGCAAGCAGUUUCCUGAGCACUCAGGAUAGCAAUCUUGUGUGUAUGUCCCCCUCCCCACCUCAGAGGACAUGCUUCUCAGCCUGUUGAACACUUCUUGGCCCUGCAGUGUGUCUACUUAACCAUCAACUGGGACUUACUUCUGGUAAGAAACUUAAAAAAAAAAAAAAAAAAAAAAAAAAAAAAAAACACAAAAACACACCAAAAGAAAACACUACAAAAAAAAAAUUUAAAAAAGCACCUAUGAAAUGCUGCAGAGAAUGGCAGACAAAGAACAUGGCCAAUUAUCAUAAUUUGUAAUUCUCUAUUCUAUUGUAAAUACAUCUUGUACAUACUUGGAUGUUUUUCAUCAUUUACUGUCUUUAUGGGUUAUGUGUUAUAUGAGACUCUCUUAGUUUAUUGUAUAACACUGUAAAUAACAUAACAUCCUUUAUUAUUUAUGCAUAGCAUCUAACAUGUGGAGAAAGUUAUCCUCGUAUUAUUUUAAGAUAUAUGUCAAAAUAUGUUGCUUUUUUUUUCCUUUUUUUUUCUUUUUUUUUUUUUGUUUGCUUUGGAGAGAAAAAAAAAUUGUAAUAUAUCCUCUUUUUCCCCUCUUUUCCUUUAAAAGAAAAAAAAAUGAAUGCUAAUUUAUUGUUCAGGAGAGAAAGGGGAUGUAACUGAAAGGCAAACUGUUCAAAGAACAUGCUAUGGAAGCCAGAAGCUACUGAUAAACUAAAGAAUUUAUUAUCCCAAAUACAGCAAUAAGUAAUUGUUGAUUUAUUAAGGUUUUGUUAUUAAUUUUCAGUAAAAGAGGUGCUGCAUUAAA